AUGGCAGAGGAAACUCCCAAUAUAGAGACAAUCCAAAUAGAGGGAAUAAUCAGCGUACUCAAUUUCAUGAGCCUUCCGAGUGCUAUAAAUUCAAAUAUUGGCACAGUGCGGAAAAUUGCCGAUGGUGCAGACGAAGUUAUUCGUGGCCUACGAGCUCUUAAUUGCGAAGAGAGGGAUCCCUGGCUAAUUUUCAUUUUACUUUCAAAAUUAGAUAGCGAUACCCGCCAAGCCUGGGCUCAGUGCGCAGAAUCCGAAGAAAAAGGUGUGACCAUCAACCGAUUCCUGAAAUUUCUCACAUCACGCUGCGAUACGUUGGAGGCUUUUAACUUAACUCGAUCAACCCAAUCUCGACGCGCAGCUACAACGCACCACGCAGACACGCAUCCAAGACGGGAAGAGCCGAAGUGCACAUCGUGCCAGCAGAAUCACCAACUGUUUAAGUGUCCUCAAUUCAUCGCACUCGACAUUGCAUCUCGCCGAGACUUCCUCAAAUCAAGAAAGCUCUGUUUCAAUAGCCUCAGCCCGGCUCAUAUGGUGGGCAACUGUACAUCGAGGCGUACUUGUCGGAUCUGCCGCCGCAAGCAUCAUACUUUGGUUCAUGGCUCGUCGCAGCCAAUUCAAAAUGGCAACAACAUUGACACAGCAAGUGUUGACAGCCGCGAUCGACCAGCAGUCUCACAUGCGGGAUCUACAAUUGGCCACAAUCAACCGCUAGCUCGAGAAGGUCAUCGCUUGGGAAGCGAGACUCCCGCGGAAAACAACUUUACGCAUCAUACUCUGGAGAGUAUUCCGGCGGAUGGUUCUCAGACUCUGUUGCCAACCAUCCUUGCUGACGUCAUCGACACCUGGGGAAACACUACAACCUGCAGGCUGCUCCUGGACACUGGAUGUACAAUAACCUUGGCAUCGGAAUCAUUUGUUCAGCGAAUAGGCGUGCGUCGAACGCACUCACGAAUUUCUAUUCUCGGUCUCGCCGCCAACAGCGCGGGCGUUACCCGAGGACGCGCACAUAUCAAGCUGCGCUCUCGUCAUUCGGGCCAAACUGUCGAAUUGGUCUCGUUCAUUGUCAACUCGCUGACGUCAUCACUUCCUGCCCAAGUUAUUGAAACCUCAUCCUCUACGUGGAGGCAAAUCUGCGAGCUUUCUUUGGCAGACCCAACGUUCUGCACACCUGGAGCAAUCGAUGUCAUUGUUGGAUCGGAUCAAAUUUGGUCUCUAUACACAGGAGAUCGGAAACACUUUGGCUCUUACUCUGCAUUCGAUGAUCACCCUACUUCUGCGGUUACUCAUCACGCGGACCUAGACACGAUGGUUCGUUCAUUCAUGGAGAUGGACAGCAUUCAGCCUAACCAGGCUCUCCUGGACGCCAGCGAUCCCACAGAGCGUCAUUUUGCUGCCACACACAAGCGCUCGACGGACGGGGUGUACGUCGUCGAGUAUCCCUUCAAGGAGAAGGCACCGCCUAUUGAUUCGACCUUGCCACAGGCCAUCAAUCGCUUCUUCUCGCUGGAACGCAAAUUUCGUCGGUAUCCAGAAUUGAAGCAACAGUACGAAGCUUUCCUGGACGACUACUUGCAACGUGGACAUAUGGAACAACUGACCUCGGCUCAGGUUGAGGAGUCCCCAGACACCUGCUUCUAUUUGCCGCACCACGCUGUCAUCAUACUGGACAGUCUACCAAAUGUCGUGUAA